CGAGAAUCACGUACAAAGAUGUCGAGAUUUUUCUCUCGUGUGUUUUGUUGCAGACAAAAUGGAAAAAAUGCUUGCUAAAGGCGUCGACGCAGAGCAACCUUCAAAACAAAAGUAGUGGAUUUUUUUCCUUUGCUUGUACGAACACAUCCGCAUGACUUUCGGGUUCUCGGUCGAGCUGGAUCGCCAUAAGAAGAAGUGGAUGACUGGGCAAUCACGACUCUUCAAGAAAAUGGCCAGCAAUCAAAAUCCCAUAUCCGCCAUCGACAUGCUUACCUCUGCAUUACGGAGCAAUAUCAUUCCUAACCAAGAGUACUUACUCCAAGGAAGUGUUAUCGACUCGUCAGCUGAAGUACUGCAUAACCGAUUGCGCGGGUUAUGUGACGCUGCAGAAACAGGACCAGAAACAUUUCAUGACCAUGAAAUGUGUUUCAGCUUAAAAGCCAGUAGUCCGGGGGGCACUCCCCAGCAGCAGCAGUCUUUUUUGUUACGUGUGCGUCGAGCUCUGGAUCAUCCCGAGUAUCCAUGGCAAUUAAGAUACUUAGGACAACCUGAACUUGGUGAAAAGAACCAGCCUACUGUUUUAAGAAGUUGCAUUGACAUCGCCUGCACACCCAAUGUUGUAGAAUUUUUAUCUGAACUUGGCUGCCGAAUCGAAUUCGAAUACGUUCUAAAAGGAUAUCUUUUCAGAAAGGGACGGAUGAAAGUGACCAUGUCUAAAAUAUUCCGAAUGGGUCAGGCCAAAUCGCCAGAUAGUCUGGAAGCAAUGACUGGUAGUUACUUAGUCGAGCUUUCUCUUUUGGCCCCAAGCGGACAAGAUGCUGUUGCCGAUGAAAUUAAAGUGUUUGCCGAACAACUGCGGCCAUUGGUUCAUCUUGAAAAGAUCGACUACAGAAGGCUCCAAUCAUAUUCAUGAGCAAAACCCAAAAUCGGAUAAAUCAAAUUUUUUUUUUGGUUACUUCCUGCAAGAUAAGUAUCUCAAUAAUUGCUGGUUGCCACCAUAACUAUUCUUUUUUGAAUAAAAUUGGUUUCUUUCUUUCAAA